AUGGCUGAUGUCCGUAAAGCAAUUGGAAUUGAUUUAGGUACAACUUAUUCCUGCGUUGGUAUUUUCCAACAUGGAAAAGUUGAAAUUAUUGCUAACGAUCAAGGAAAUCGUACAACACCGUCGUAUGUUGCAUUCACUGAUAGUGAACGUUUAAUUGGUGAUGCAGCUAAAAAUCAAGUUGCUAUGAACCCUAAUAAUACAGUUUUUGAUGCUAAACGUCUUAUUGGUCGUAAAUUUGAUGAUACAACAGUUCAAGCUGAUAUGAAACAUUGGCCAUUUAAAGUAAUCAAUGAUGGCGGAAAACCUAAAAUUCAAGUUGAAUAUAAAAAUGAAACAAAAUCAUUUACACCUGAAGAAAUAUCAUCGAUGGUUUUAACAAAAAUGAGAGAAAUAGCUGAAGCCUAUCUUGGUAAAAAAGUAACCGAAGCUGUUGUCACUGUUCCAGCUUAUUUUAAUGAUUCACAACGUCAAGCAACCAAAGAUGCUGGUGUUAUUGCUGGUCUUAAUGUAUUACGUAUUAUCAAUGAACCAACAGCAGCUGCUAUUGCUUAUGGUUUAGAUAAGAAAGUUUCAGCUGAACGAAAUGUAUUAAUCUUUGAUUUGGGCGGUGGUACUUUUGAUGUAUCAAUUUUAACCAUUGAAGAAGGUAUCUUCGAAGUUAAAUCAACAGCUGGUGACACACAUUUGGGUGGUGAAGAUUUUGAUAAUCGAAUGGUUUCACAUUUUACUCAGGAAUUUAAACGCAAACAUGGUAAAGAUUUACAAGACAAUAAACGUGGUCUUCGACGAUUACGUACCGCUUGUGAACGUGCUAAGCGUACAUUAUCAUCAUCAUCACAAGCAUCAAUUGAAAUCGAUUCUUUACAUGAAGGUGUCGAUUUCUAUUCGACCAUCACUCGUGCACGUUUCGAAGAACUUAAUGCUGAUCUAUUUCGUUCAACACUCGAACCUGUUGAAAAAGCUUUACGUGAUGCUAAAAUGGAUAAGUCACAAAUUCAUGAAAUUGUACUUGUCGGAGGUUCUACACGUAUUCCAAAAGUACAAAAACUUUUACAAGAUUUAUUCAAUGGUAAAGAACUUAACAAAUCAAUUAAUCCAGAUGAAGCCGUUGCCUAUGGUGCUGCUGUUCAAGCUGCCAUUUUAACAGGUGAUAAAUCUGAAGAUGUUAAAGAUUUACUUUUACUUGACGUUGCACCACUGUCAUUGGGCAUUGAAACUGCUGGCGGAGUUAUGACAGCAUUAAUUAAACGUAAUACAACAAUUCCAACAAAACAAACACAAACAUUUACAACCUAUUCGGAUAAUCAACCAGGUGUAUUGAUUCAAGUCUAUGAAGGUGAACGUGCAAUGACUAAAGAUAAUCAUUUAUUAGGCAAAUUUGAAUUAUCGGGCAUUCCACCAGCACCACGUGGUGUUCCACAAAUUGAAGUUACAUUUGAUAUUGAUGCAAACGGUAUAUUAAAUGUAUCGGCAAUGGACAAAAGUUCAGGAAAAGAAAGUAAAAUUACCAUUACAAAUGAUAAAGGACGUUUAUCAAAAGAUGAAAUCGAACGUAUGGUUUCUGAUGCUGAGAAAUAUAAGAAAGAAGACGAAACACAACGUGAUCGUAUUUCUGCUAAGAAUUCACUUGAGUCUUACUGUUUCAAUAUGAAAACAACCAUUGCUGAUGAAAAAUUAGCAGAUAAAAUCGAUGCUGAUGAUAAGAAGAAAAUUACUGAUGCUAUUGAAGAAGCAUUAAAAUGGAUGGAAGCAAAUCAACUUGCCGAAAAAGAAGAAUUCGAUCAUAAAUUAAAAGAAGUUGAAAAAAUAUGCUCACCAGUUAUGACUAAACUCUAUGGUGGAGCUGGUGGUGGUAUGCCUGGUGGUAUGCCUGGCGGUAUGCCUGGAGGUAUGCCUGGUGGAUUUCCAGGAGGCUUUCCAGGUGGUGCCGGUGGUCCACAAGGUGCUGGCGGUAGUGCAGGUCCAACAAUUGAAGAAGUUGAUUAA